AUGUCAUUAAUAAAUAACAAAAUAACCCCUCUCUCUCUUUCUCUCUAUCUAUCUUGCUCUCUCUUUCUCUUUAUCUAUCUUGCUCUCUCUUUCUUUUACCCUCACUCGCUCACUCUCUCUAUAUAUUUUGCUCUCUUUCUCUCUCCCUCACUCUCUCACUCUCUCUCUAUCUUGCUCUCUCUUUCUCUCUUCUCUUUCUCUUUCUCUCUUGUUCUCUCUAUAUAUAUUUUGCUCUUUCUACCUCUUUCUCUCUUGCCCUCUCUCUCUAUUUUACCCUGUCCCUCUCUUUCUCUUUCUUUCGCUCACUAUCUCUCUAUCUUGCUCUAUGCUUCUCUCACUCUUUCUCUUGCUACCCUGUCUCUCUGCCUCUCUUUCUUUCUCCCUCGCUUUCUCUCUCUCCCCCUCCUCUCUCUCUCUCUCUCUCUCUCUAUUCGUCUACGCUUGCUUAACACUCCCUAUCAGAUAUCAGUUAUUUUCGGUGCUAAUAUCUACCGACGUAUUUACAUCCGACAUUUCUUUCUUUCUUUCUUUCUUUCUUUCUUUCUUUCUUUCUUUUAUAGCUGA